GCCCAACAAGCCAAAUUCCUCAGCGAUGUGGAGAACGAGCUGGAGGAGCUGGGAGUCACCAUUGCGCAGGCCAAGAAGAUGGUGGAGCUCAUUAAGGUGAUUCUGCGAUGGCUUCGCUCCGUUAGCGCAGCUUUGCUGGGCCGGGGAGCGGAGGUGAAGGGGCCACAAGCUUUUAUCGAGGACGGGGAGCGCUCCAUGCUGGGGGAGGCCGAGGCCGAUCUCCGCUGGAAGGAGGAGAGACGAGCCAAACUGGCCCAGGGCAAGCAAAACCUGGAGAACGUCCCCAGCACCAACAUCAUCUACUUCCUCCAGGAAUUUCAAGCCUUAAAAGUAGCCAUGGAAGAAAACCUCUCCCCGUCUCUGAGCUUCCAGAAUGAGCUGAACUUCACCAAAUGCACCCAAGCCGUGGGCGCCGUGAAGGAUGUGCUGUCUGCUGCCUGCAAAAAACAGUGGGACCACUUGCAGGGGAAAGGAAUUGAUGGGCUGAGUUCCCAGGAGAUGGAGGAAGCGUUGGCCGAGUCACGAUUUCCAGAGAAGUCAAACAAUCCCGCCUGCCUGGAGAGCCGUGAUUACUUCCUGAAAUUUGCCUUCAUCAUUGACCUGGACAGUGACACGGCUGACAAGUUCAUCCAGCUGUUUGGCACCAAAGGGGCCAAGCGGGUGCUGUGCCCCAUCCCCUACCCGGAGAGCCCGACCCGGUUCAUCAACUGCGAGCAGGUGCUGGGGGUGAACCUCAUGAACCGGGGCAACUACUACUGGGAGGUGGAGCUCAUCGACGGCUGGGUCAGCAUCGGCGUCAUCGCUGAGGACUUCAACCCCCAGGAGUCCUACAACCGUGGGCGCCUGGGGCGGAACGAGAAGUCCUGCUGCCUGCAGUGGAACGGACAGAACUACGUGGCCUGGUUUGGUGGCUUUGAGUCUGUCAUCCAGCAGCCGUUUUUCCACACAAUUGGGGUCUUCCUGGAGUAUUCAGAGAAGGCCCUGACCUUCUAUGGAGUCAAGGACUCCAAGAUGACCUGCCUGCAGCAGCUCAAGGUCUCCCCUUUUGCCAAGGGUCAGUUUGACCCGUUCCAGAACAAGAUCAACCACCAAUUCGCCUCUCUUUUCUUGUGCAAGCUGAAACCAGCCUUCUUCCUGGAGAGCGUCGAUGCCCACCUGCAGAUCGGGCCGCUGAAGAAAGAUUGUGUUUCGGUGCUGAAGCGUAGGUAA